AUGCUGCAAUCUCAAUCAAUACAUCCAUUACUAUCCUGGUCUAGCAAGUAUCGUUACGAUGAUGAUGACAAUGACGACGACGAUGACGAUGACGUUGACGAUGAUUGCGACGAUGACGAUUGCGGUAACGACGACGAUAACGAUGACGAUGAUAAUGACGCUGACGACGAUGGUGACGAUGACGAUCACGAUGACGAUAACGAUCACGAUGGAUAUCAUCAUGACGAUGAUGAUGAAGAUGACGACGAUUGUGACGAUGAUGAUCACGAUGACUAUGACGAUGAUAAUGACGAUGAUCAUAACGAUGAUAAUAACGAUGAAGAUUAUAGAAAAGAUAACGAUUACGAUGACGAUAAUAGUCAUCACUGUGUCAGAUCAUAG